AUGAAUCUUUGCAGAAAACGUUCAUGGUGGACUGUUUGCAUCUACAUUUUAGCAGUUCUGAUCAAUAGAUCCGUGGCUGCCGACAAUCCAGCUUUUGUUGCGAGGCAUGGUUUGACUUCAUCUGCGUAUCAAACAUUGUACAAUCAACUUGCUCAACAAUCGUAUCGACUUCUUUAUAUCACUGGUUACACUGCCUACAGUCAAGAAAAGUUUGCAGUCUAUUUCGAAAAAUCAAGUGGACCACCGCAAAUCUGCCGUCACGGACUAACUAGUAGUCAAUAUCAACAAGCAUUUAAUGAUGCCGCAGCACAAGGUUACAGCCUAGUUCUUGUCAAUGGAUAUACUGAUACCAAUGGCUUGGAUAAGUAUGUAGCUAUCUGGGAAAAGCCUGCUGGAAAUGUUGCUCCUUUGGAGGCUAGACAUGGAAUGACUGGUGGACAAUACCAAAGCGAGGUUGAUAGUUGGAUUAGCAAAGGAUACAGACUGAAACAUGUUAGUGGAUAUGCGAUCAACAACCAAGCACGCUAUGCGGCUAUUUUUGAAAAAGUUUCUGGUGCUCCUGCUCAAGUUGCAAGACAUGGACUUACUGCCGCACAGUAUCAAACCGUGUUCAAUACUCAAACCAGUGCUGGAUACGUUCUUGUCCUUAUUUCGGGCUACACGGUCAAUGGUGUUGACUACUACGCUGCUAUUUUUGAGAAGAAAGCCAGUGAUCCGUGGAUUGCUCGCCAUGGGAUGAGCAGUAAGGCAUACCAAGGAGAGUUUACUAACAAUUACUAUCAAGGUUAUCGUCUCAAAGUUAUUUGUGGUUAUUCGAAGAAUAAUGUUGACCUAUACGCUGCCAUCUGGGACAAUCCUAACAUGAAAGGAACUGAUCUUUCGUUGAUCGAUAGUCAAAUUCAAACGUAUAUGAACAAAAAUCCAAUUCCAGGUUUAUCAAUUGCAAUUACUAGACAAGAAAGACUCGUUUUUGCCAAGGGCUACGGAUAUGCUGACCAGGAAACAGGUGAAAAAGUUCAUCCUGAUCAUUUGUUUCGAAUUGCUAGUGUCUCUAAACCUAUGACUGGUAUUGCUGUUAUGAAACUCAUCGAACAAGGCAAAUUUUCACUCACUUCAAAAGUAUUUGGUGCAUCCGGCCUCCUUGGAACAACGUAUGGAACUAAACCUUAUGGUCAACGCGUUUUAAAUAUCACCGUACGGCACCUUCUUGAACAUACUAGUGGAUUUUCAAAUGAUGGUGGCGAUCCGAUGUUUAUGAAUACGAAUCUCAACCAGAAAGAUCUUAUUAGUUGGGUACUCGAUAAUCGAACCCCAAAAAAUGUCCCGGGAACCACGUACGAAUACCUUAAUUUCGGAUACACUCUAUUGGGAAGAAUCAUUGAAAAGGUUUCAGCACAAACUUAUGAGCUCUUUCUUCGCAACCAAAUUUUUAAUAAUGCUCCGCAAACUAGUAAGAUGCUCAUUGGCGGAGAUACCCUAGCUGAUAAAAAAACAAACGAAGUUACCUACUAUCCAAGUAGUGCAUACAAUCUUCUCAUGCGGCGAAUGGAUGCCCAUGGUGGCUGGAUUGCACGACCAAUCGAUCUUGUAGGCAUCAUGGCAAAAGUAGAUGGAUUUAGUUUUAAAACAGACAUUUUGUCUAGUGGCACGAUUACUACGAUGUGGACAGGCUCUUCGGCAAACGCUGGAUACGGUAAAGGAUGGAUUUUAGACAGUUCUUAUAGAGGUCACAACGGUGCCAUGUCAGGAACAAUCGCAUUUCUAGUUCGAAGAAAUGAUGGACUGUCGUAUGCGUUCACCGUAAACACAAGACCUACGAAUGACAGUUUCGCAUUUCAAUUGAAAGGAACAAUGGAUACCAUCGUCUCAAGUGUGAAUGCGUGGCCCGCCUACGAUCUUUUCUAA